AUGCCUGCCCUUCAGCUCCAGCCUUACAGCGGCUCGGUCCGCAAGCUCGUCCUCGGAAUAGAUGUAGGAACCACCUACUCCGGCGUUGCCUACGCGAUCCUCGACCCAGGAGAGGUUCCCCUCAUCCAUGGCGUCACUCGGUUUCCCGGCCAAGAAAGCGCCGCCGGGGACUCCAAGAUCCCCUCAAUACUCUACUACAACCCCGACGGAUCCGUUGCUUGCGCUGGUGCCGAGGCCGCACAACCCGGCAUGGACCUCGAGGCGGAGGACAAUGAGCUCGUGUUCGUCGAAUGGUUCAAGCUCCAUCUGCGCCCGGAGCACCUCGAUGCCGGCGAGAUCAAGCGGGAUGACCUCCCGCCGCUCCCACCGGGUAAGUCGGUCGUGGACGUCUUUGCGGACUUUCUCGCAUACCUCUUUCAAUGCACGAAACGUUACAUCUGCGAGACGCACUCGAACGGGGACUCUCUCUGGGCGUCGCUCGAAGACAGGAUCGAAUUCGUGCUCUCGCACCCGAACGGCUGGGAGGGUGCGCAGCAGGGCAAAAUGCGCCAGGCGGCGGUCAUGGCGGGGCUGGUACCCCAGACGCCUGCGGGCCAGGCCCGCGUGCACUUCAUUACCGAAGGCGAAGCGAGUUUGCAUUUCUGCAUACAGAGUGGGUUGGCGAACGAGACGAUGCAGGAUGGGCAAAGUGUGAUGAUCGUCGACGCGGGUGGAGGGACCAUUGAUAUCAGCAGCUAUGGAUUCAUAUCUCUGUCGCCUCUGGAGGUCGAAGAGGUUACCUCGGCGGAUUGCAUCCUCCAAGGAUCGACCCGCAUCAACGCGCGUGCGGAGGCGCAUCUGAAGGUACUCUUGAAGGACUCCCCAUUUGGCAAUGAUGAAGAUAUCAAGUCCAUGCUCGACUACUUCAACAUGGCGACAAAACCGGUCUUCAAGGACGAGAGGGAAUCAACAUACAUCAAGUUCGGUUCCAUGCGCUGUAACGACGCAAAGGCCAAUAUUAGACGCGGGCAGCUCAUGCUCACCGGGUGCGCUAACAUGCUGUCUUACUUUCAGCCGUCCCUAGAAGCGACCAUGGCGAGCAUCAAGAAGCAGCUCCAGAAUGCGACGCGACCGCUCACUACGGCCUUCCUCGUCGGCGGUUUCGCCGCAAGCCCUUGGCUCUACGUCUCACUCAAGCGCCGUCUUGAAGAUCUCGGUCUUACGCUAUGCCGCCCGGAUUCACAUAUGAACAAGGCCGUCGCAAACGGGGCGGUGUGCUUCUUCCUCGAGCACUUUGUUUCCGCGCGCGUGGUGAAGCUGACCUACGGCAUCAAAAUCGUCGUCGACUACAAACCCACGGAUCCGGAGCAUGUGCAACGCGCCUCGAAUACUUUCUCGAAACAGUCCGGUCGCGUCUUUCUCCGGGACGGCUUCUCGCCUAUUCUAAAGAAGGGCACACGUGUGCGCGAGACCCAGGAGGUCUCGCAGCCCUACGUGCAGGAGGCACGCGACUCGCGCACUCUUAAUAGUCUUGUGACGGACAUCGUCGCCUACCGCGGGCCCGGCACGGACCCACGCUGGAUGGACGACACACCUGAGCUGUUCACGACCCUGUGCACGGUCGCUGCGGACACGUCCCGAGUCUCGCGCAAGGCGCGCAAUGGCCCUCAGGGCAAGUACUUCGAGCAGAACUUCAGCGUCGUCCUGCUGUGCGGCCGGACGGAACUCCAGGCGCAGAUAAGCUGGAAUGAGAACGUGAGUGGUCCUAAAUCCUUCGGCCCUGCGAAGAUCAUCUACGACGACGACUUGGAGGCCCCGUCGCAGUGA